AAUACAUUACAAAUAUCUACUCUGCUAAAACACUAAAUAUAACUCUCAAAAGCUCUUUUAAAGAUGAAUAUUUUUGCACUUGUAUUUUUGCUGGUUUUUCUUGAACUUUUUAAAACGCAAGGACCACGUUUUGGACCAAAUACACACAGCAUAAAGCACAUAGAAACAAAAACAAAACACUUCAACAAAUGUAAUAAUUGUACUGUUGAUAAACUGAUGCUAUCAAUAAAUACUCGAAUGAAGGAAUAUCAUAAUUCAAGCAUAACAAGUUGCAACAUUUCACAUAUUAAAUUGAGCAAAUGGUGCAUACAAAGAUUAAACGUAAUGUUAAACAAAGCAUUUUCUGUUUGCAAGAUCUAUCCAAACGAAUGUGAGUGCUGGAAAUCCUGUUACCAAACGAAAUGAAUAAAAGCUUGUGGUUUAAAUAAAAUGAACGUCUUGAACACCAUGUUUUAAUAUAAUGUUUAUACAAAUAUCAAAAUACUGAGAAUGCUAAUUAUAGAUACAAUUAUUACAUGAUUAAACUUUUUUUUAAAUGUUAGUUUGUAAUUAAACAAUAUUUUUACAGAUUAAAUUAAAUUUGAUUAUA